AGCGCGCGGGGCGAGGCGGGGGUCUGGGCGGGGCUCGGGCUCCGACUCUGUCUUCAGCUGCUGCGGCCGCAGGUUCCAGAGCGGGUAGGAACCGCCGCGGGCGCGCCGCGCGCUGCAGCCCCUUCCCAAGCCCCGGGCUCCCCACCGCGUCCCCGCUGCUGCGUCGCCUCGGCCAGGACCCGAAGGCAAGGACAAAGAGGCUGCCUGGAGGCUCCGCCGGAGCCAGACUUUACCUGCAGUUGCCGGGAACCUCAGGCUCCAAGAUGGUUUGCGGGGGCUUCGCGUGUUCCAAGAACUGCCUGUGCGCGCUCAACCUACUCUACACCUUGGUUAGUCUGCUGCUCAUUGGAAUUGCAGCGUGGGGCAUCGGCUUCGGGCUGAUUUCCAGUCUCCGGGUGGUCGGUGUGGUCAUCGCAGUGGGCAUCUUCUUGUUCCUGAUUGCUUUAGUGGGGCUGAUUGGAGCCGUGAAACACCAUCAGGUGUUGCUUUUUUUUUACAUGAUUAUUCUCUUACUUGUAUUUAUUGUACAGUUUUCCGUAUCAUGUGCUUGUUUAGCCCUGAACCAGGAGCAACAGGGUCAGCUUUUGGAAGUUGGUUGGAACAAUACAGCAAGUGCUCGAAAUGACAUCCAGAGAAAUUUAAACUGCUGUGGGUUCCGAAGUUUUAACCCAAAUGACACCUGUCUGGCUAGCUGUGUGAAAAGCAGCCACCAGUGCUCACCCUGCGCUCCAAUAAUAGGAAAAUACGCAGGAGAAGUUUUGAGAUUUGUUGGCGGCAUUGGCCUCUUCUUCAGUUUUACAGAGAUCCUGGGUGUUUGGCUGACCUACAGAUACAGGAACCAGAAAGAUCCUCGUGCUAAUCCUAGUGCAUUCCUUUGAUGAGAAAACAAGAAAAAUCUUUCAUAUUCUGAUCUUGUACAUUUCCUCUAAGUUAAGCUAAUUUGCCUGUUUAAGGAAACAGUAUAUGAAAAAUUACAUAAUUGACAGUGAAUGAUAUAUUUUUAUGUUUCUCUAAAUGUUUUUCUUUUUCCAUUGCUGAAAAAGUCUGAAACUUGUGGUCUCCUCUGAACCUCAGUGGUACCUUGUAAUCUACUGUUUUUCACAGUGUCUGGCACUGUCCACUGUGGCCUUUCUUAGCGUUUUUACCUGCAGAAAAACUUUGUAUGGCACUAUUGUGUUGAUCAUAUUGUGACUUUAAAUGUACAUCUCACUGGAAUAAUUAAUUGUAUGUGGCACUGUGCUGUGUAGAUAGUUCCCACUGGAAAAAAGAGUUGAAGUUUAUUAAAGCCAGAAAGUAUGAGAUUCUAUUCUGUUAAGUUCAAUAAGGGAAAUCUAAAUUCCCCAAUUUUUUUGUCCUUUUAUUAGGAAAGAUGUUGUGGUGAAAAUUGUUAACAUAAAAGUGAUAAUUUAGUUCUAGUAGUCCUUCUGAUUACACUAAUGUACUCUAGAAAUAGCUAGGUCUUUAGGAAAUUGUGGUUUAGUUUUUGAUUUUUACAGGUAAGUGCAAAGGAGAAAUGGUUUCAUGAAUGUUCUAAUAUGUAACAUUUGCCUUCAGCCUUCAAAAUGAAAUGAGUUUGAGAAAUUCAGAAAGUAUAUCUGUAUAAUCUUGAUAUUGUUUUAUAAUAAUUUGAAGUCCAAAAGACUGCCUUUUUAAUCAAGUUACUAUUAAUGCAUUGGCCCACAUAGCAAAAAGAUAUUUGACUAUCUUACAAAUUCUAAAUACCUUUUCCGUGAAAUUUCUCUGUAUUGUCACAGCAAGUCAUCAAAUCCAAGCGUAUUUGAAUGUGAUCUCCCAUAAUUUGGAAUUUAAAUAGUAUCGUGGUUCUGUAUAUUAUGUUAAAAAAUUAAGUAUGGAAACCUUUCUUCGUCUAUGAAUGUUUGAAUUAAAAGAAAGUAAUGGAAGGAUUGAUAAAUGAA